UUGGAUGUGGAGUGAAGACAGAAGAGUUGGCAUGGAGAGCCUGUCACCUGAGAGACUACCUGGUCGUCCUCACCAGGAGGAGGCCUCUGUCUUCUGCCGGCUUACUGUGAAGGUCCUGGAGGCUCGGAAUCUGCCCAGGGCUGACCUGUUGAGUAAGGCGGAUCCAUAUGUGACUCUGCAGCUGCCAACAGCUUCUGGAAGGAAAUUCAAGACCCAAACAGUCACCAACUCCAGUCACCCUGUAUGGAAUGAGACCUUCAGUUUCCUCAUCCAGAGUCAGGUCAAGAAUAUUCUAGAACUGUCUGUCUAUGAGGAAGACUUAAUUACGAAAGAUGACGUCUGCUUCAAGAUUUCUUAUGAUGUCUCAGAAAUCCUCCCUGGACAACUGUUCCAGAAAACCUUGAGCCUGAAUCCUCAGGGACCGGAAGAGUUAGAUGUGGAGUUUCUGAUGGAAAGAACGUGGGACCCUCCAGAAAAGCUCAUCACCAACAAUGUUCUUGUGGCCCGAGAACUGUCACACCUGGAUAUUUCCCUGGACAGAGCUGGAAACACCACCGUGGCAGGAGGUCAGGACAAACUAGAACUGGAGCUUAUGCUGAAGGAGUCAUAUGAGGACACACAGACACUUUCCCUGGACACAGCUUUUACCUCCAGCUUCCACUACAUGAGGGGCCAAGACACAGAGCUGAAUGGGUACCUGAGGAGCUCCAGAAACAGUGGUUGGAACUCAGCUUCCUCAGCGACACCUUUCAGUGUACCCUUGAAGUCGUUGGCCCCAGGGAAGGAGGUGACCCUAGACAUUCCUGCUAUGAAGACUCCAGAAGGGAAGCUUCAGCUUAAGACAGACUGUUGCCCCAAGGAGCUGUCUGUGCGGCUGAGCUAUGGGCUCUGUCCAGAGGAGCAGGCCUUCCUAGGCAGGAGGAAGAAGGUGGUUGCUGCUGCCCUGAAGAAGGCUCUGCAACUGGAUGAAGACUUGAAAGAGGAUGAGAUUCCUGUUGUGGGCAUCAACGCUGAGGGAGGAGGCAUGCGGGCUAUGAUCUCACUCUACGGCCACCUAUUGGCACUUCAGAAGUUGGGCCUCCUGGACUGUGUGACCUACUUCAGUGGCAUCUCCGGCUCUACAUGGACAAUGGCCCACCUGUACAGGGACCCAGAGUGGUCACAGAGGGACCUCAAGGAACCCAUCAGUCAUGCCAGGGAGCAUGUGGCUAAAAGCUUGCUGAAGGAAUUCCUCCCCGAACAGUUGGCAAGCUACCGCCAGACACUGAAGCUUCGGGAAGAGCAGGGCUACACCAUCUCCGCAGCAGACCUGUGGGGCCUGGUGCUGGAGUCCAAACUGCAUGGGCAGGUGACAGAUCAGAAGCUGUCAGGACAGAGAGCUGCACUGGAGCGGGGUCAGAACCCUUUGCCUCUCUACUUGAGCCUCAAUGUCAAAGAGAACCACCUGGACACCCUCCACUUCAAGGAAUGGGUGGAGUUCUCUCCCUAUGAAGUUGGGUUCCUGAAAUAUGGAGGCUUUGUCCCUUCUGAGCUGUUUGGCUCUGAGUUCUUCAUGGGACGGCUGAUGAAGAGGCUUCCCGAGUCCCAGAUUUGCUUUCUAGAAGGUAUCUGGACCAACAUUUUCUCUGUGAACGUGAUAGAUGCCUGGUGUGACAUCAGCCCUGGGAAUGAUUUCCCUGUGGUUAUCCAGAACUCAGAGAAGGAGUUCUCAGCCUCAACAGGAACCUCCUCUGGUGCGGAGGCCCCAUGGCUGGAGCCUGGAACAGCUCUGGCUCAGGCAUUUAAGGGCUUUCUGACUGGCAGGCCAUUGCACCAGCGAAGCGCCAACUUCCUCCAUGGCCUCCAGCUGCACCGAGACUACUGUAACCAGAGAGACUUCUCCACCUGGGCAGAUUGCAACCUAGAUGACACCCCAAAUCAACUGACCCCACAGGACCCUCAGCUCUGCCUAAUUGAUUCUGGCUGCUUCAUGAACAGCAGCUGUCCCUCCCUGUUCCGCCCAGGUCGCCAAGUGGACCUCAUACUCUCCUUCAACUACAACCAAUCCUUUCCCUUUAAGGGUCUGCAGCAAUAUGAGAAAUACUGCAAAGCUCAAGGCCUGUCCUUCCCCCGUGUGGACCCCAGCCCUGAGGACCACCGCCAGCCCCAGGAAUGUUACCUUUUCUCAGACCCCACCUGCCCAGAAGCACCUGUUCUGCUGCACUUCCCGCUAGUCAAUGACUCCUUCAGGGACCACUCAGCCCCUGGUGUCCAGCGUGGCCCUGAUGAGCUCAAGGCUGGGCAGAUGAAUCUCACAGGGGUUACCUCCCCAUAUUUCAUAUACAACAUGACCUAUAAGAACGAAGAUUUUGACCAGUUGCUUCAGCUCUCUGACUACAAUGUUCAGAACAACCAGGGCACUAUCCUUCAGGCCCUGAAGACAGUUCUGAAACGGAGGGCUUCAGAGACCAGGCCAUUGGGAAUGAAGAAGUGAGGCUUCUCAGGGAGUCUGUAAGGUUUUGAAGACCACACUAUGACCCUCCAACUUCCAAGAGCUUAACUCAGCCUGCAGCUAGGCACAAUCACAAUGCCUCUGGAUGGAGCU